CCGAAUUAUCGAACAACAAUCCGCGCAAUCUAGCAAAUAAUCCGGUGAUCUGUCUUCAAAUUAUUUCCUGAGUAACAUUGCAAGUCCAAUGUUUACGUUUUGCUGUGCCGACUUGUAAGACGAUGGAGUGGUCUAAAGAGAAGACUUUAAAGUUAAUUGAGUUGUUACAAGUAAAUGCUAGCUUAUGGAAUCCUUCUUUGUGUGAUACACGAAGGGACAAACAGAAGAGAAAGGAAGAAUUGCGAGGGAUUUCUGCGAUACUAGGUAUUUCUGUGUCGGAUACUACUAAGAAAAUACAGCAUUUGCGGACGCAGUAUAACCGGGAAGCCGCUAGAGAAGCCAGGGCGAACGAGGAAGACCCUGAAGACAGAUUUUUGAGUAACUGGUACGCGUUUGAAUACUUGCACUUCAUGAAGGACUCAAGUAAACCUUACAGAGUAUUACAGCUGGAUACCCAUCCAGAAGUCAACAGUAGUCUUCCCUCAAACACUGAUAGCUUUGUUGAAUCCCUCCAAAACAAACUAGAGAACCAUUCUCCACCCCACAAGGUUCCACGAACAGACAACUUGCACUUAGUCAAACCUGAGCUGGUAUACUCUUCGCCACAAUCAAGAGACGAGUUCUCAGUGUUUGGAGAAUAUAUUGCUAACGAGUUAAGGUCCUUAAAAGGUGAGAAGAACUUGUUAGUGUUGAAGAAGAAGAUUCAGGAUGCUAUAUUUGAAGUCAAAAUGGGGAUGAUUCACGAGCCAAAGACGGAAGAGAGUGCAUGCACAGUGUAUGUCCACACCAGUCAACCACAAAAUGUGGCACCUAUACAUAGUAAGCUUUAUACUACACCAGUUAUGACAACAACUGCCCAUAUAAACCAGCACACAGCCCAAACACCUACUUCAAGCAUCAGUGAGAUCAUUAUCAAUGGUGCAUGCCAUUAUUCCAAUUUCAAAGUGGACAGCCAAUAGCAGUGUCAUCCACUUCCCAAUGGGGAAGUGGAUAAAAAUGAGACUUAUAGUAUUAGGAAUUAAAGGAUACUCUUCAUUUAUAAAGCCUCCGCCACACAU